UCCACACAAAAAUCAGGAGGAGGGUUGCCUGAAGGAGCAAAAUGGAUUGGGUUGCCUCAAGCAGAAAAAUGAAAUGGAUUGCUGAGAGCGGCAAAAAUUGGUUUGAGAGUACUAAAAAUAUGAAUUGGUCGGAAAGCACUGGGAAUUGGUUUGAGAGCACUAAAAAUAUGAAUUGGUCGGAAAGCACUGGGAAUUGGUUUGAGAGCACUAAAAAUAUGAAUUGGUCGGAAAGCACUGGGAAUUGGUUUGAGAGCAUUGAAAAUAUGAAUUGGUUUGAGAUAUUUAAGAAUUGGUUUGGGAGCCUUAAGAAUUGGGUUGGAGAAAUACAAGAGAGAGGAAUAGGUGAUGAGGCUUGGAAUUUCCUGGUUGGAGCAGGUCUGUGAAAGAAGCAGAGAUCGAUCCAUCAAGAUCUACAAGUCAUGAACGCCUUUUCAAGCUUUUGUUUGUGUUUUCCUGUUUAAUUUUGAGGUUUCUUUCUUGUUCAUCUGUGUUCUAUGUUGGUUGGGGAAAUGAAACCAUGUACUGGUUUUAAAUUUUCUGUUACUUUAAUUUCUUCUGCUUUUGCGUUUAUAGUUUCAUGUUUGAUAUAUCAUAUCUAUGUAAUGUUAUUUUUACUUA